UUCAGUUUAAACGAGUCACUUCUUGCAGCAACAGUGCAGGAUGCAUAACAUUUUGUGUUUCUUAAGUGUUGUGUACGUUAUAACGGUAUCAGCCAAUAAAACCAGAUUUGAAAAAAAUGGAAUAACAUUUGAGAAAGACGAAGAUGGCGAUUACAGUAUUUUAACUCAUGAAAUACUUAUUUUGCAACCGGGAUCAGUCGCUGAUGUAGAAGACAUGGAAAGACUGUAUUUACUGGAUGAGGAUUUUACUGAUAUGGAACCUGGAACGUUUCAAAAUCUACCAAAUUUAAGAAGGUUGAUUAUUACUAUGAACAAGGUCCCAAAAAUCAAGACAGGCAUUUUUAACCCAUUAACUAAUUUGACUCUAUUGGAUCUAAGUGCUAAUCGUGUUUCCCACGUAGAUUCCAACGCUUUCGACAAUAUGACAAGUUUAGAAAACAUAAAUUUGUCGAAUAACCGACUUACAACUGUGGAUAGCCGCUGGUUUGAGUCAACACCUUCGAUUAAACUUAUUCAUGUUGGCUACAAUCAACUUACGGAAAUACCUGCCAAAGUUUUUGGUGAAAUCAAAUCUCCGGGACCUUUCACUUUAAUAUUUGAUGGCAAUAUGAUUACAAAUAUUGAUAAAGAUGCAUUUAAAGGGUUGACGACACUAUCAAUGUUAUCACUGGAAACCAAUAAAAUAACAACGGUGAACGGAAACUUCUUGGAAGGUCUUCAGGUAGACGUGCUAAUACUUAAAGAUAAUAUUAUCAAGUGUGUAGAUCAGGAACACUUUGCUACGGUUUUCGUGGCUAACGAAACUGACAUUUCUAACAACCCUUGGACUCCGGAGUGUGUUACACAAAUCGAAGCUUGGGCGAAAGAACAUCACAAAGUUGUAGACUUUGGGUCGGUAUCAGCUAGUAAAACGACAUUUGAGAAAAAUGGAAUAACAUUUGAGAAAGAUGAAAAUGGUGUGUACAGUGUUUCAACACACGAAAUACUUGUUUUGCAAUCUGGAUCAGUUUCCGACAUAGAAGACAUGGGUAUGCUUUAUUUGCUGGAUGAGGAUUUCACUGAUAUGGAACCUGGAACGUUUCAGAAUUUACCAAAUUUAAAAAUGUUGAUUAUUACUACCAACACAGUCCCAAAAAUCAAGACAGGAAUCUUUAACUCUUUAACUAAUUUGACUUUAUUGGAUCUUAGUUUUAAUCAUAUUUCUUACAUAGAUUCCAACGCUUUUGACAAUAUGACCAGUUUGGAAAACAUCAAUUUGUCGAAUAACCAACUUACAAGUGUGGAUAGUCAUUGGUUUAAGUCAACACCUUCGAUAAAGUAUAUUCAUCUUGGUUAUAAUCAACUUACGGAGAUACCUGCCAACAUUUUUGGGAACCUCAAGUCUCAAGCAGAUUUAACUUUGAUAUUUAAUGGCAACAACAUGACAAAAAUUCAUAAGGAUGCAUUUAAAGUCUUGGGGACAAUAUCUGUGUUAUCACUGGAAUCAAAUCAGUUAGAAACGGUGACUGGAGACUUCUUGAAAGGUCUUGAGAUAGACAUAUUAUCACUUAGAGAUAAUAAUAUCAAAUGUGUAAAGAAGGAACAUUUUGAUACGGUUUUCUUAGCCAACGCUACUGAUAUUUCUGAAAACCCUUGGACUCUGGAGUGUCUUACAGAAAUCAAAACCUGGGUGAAAGAACAUAACAAACUUUCUCCAGGACCUUUCACUUUAUGGUUUCCUGGUAACGAUAUUGCAAAAAUUGAUAGAGAUGCAUUUAAAGGAAUGAAGACAAUAUCACUUGAUGGAAAUAAAUUAAAAAGGAUGACUGGAGACUUCUUGGAUGGUCAGAAGAUCAAGUUCUUUUCAUUUAAAAAUAAUAACAUCAAAUGUAUAGAUCAGAAAAACUUUGUUACGGUUUUCUUGGCCAACUAUACGGACAUUUGUAACAACCCUUGGAAUACGGAGUGUCUUAAAAAAAUUAUAACUUGGGCCAAUUUGAAGCAACAGAAUAAUAUGUAUAAAAGUUUAUGUUUUUUAAGUGUUAUUUACAUUUUAACAGUGUCAGGUGAUGCAACCACCUUUAAGAAAAAUGGAAUCACAUAUUAUAUGCAAAAUUCUACUGGGCACUACAAUGUUUUAACACACGGAAUACGUGUUCUGACACCUGGAUUAAUCGCUGACAUAGAUAAUAUCGAGUGGCUGGAGAUACGAUGGCAGAAUCUUACUGAUAUGAACCCUGGAACAUUUCAGAAUUUACCAAACUUAAGAACGUUGAAGAUUUCUUUGAACAAGAUAUCCAAGAUCAAGACCGGAAUUUUCAACCCUUUAACUAAUUUGACUACAUUGGACCUAACCUUGAAUGAUGUGUAUCAAAUAGAGUCCAACGCUUUCGACAAUAUGACAAGUUUGCAAAAUAUAGAUUUUACCUACAACAGACUUAAAAGUGUAGAUCCUCGUUGGUUUCUGCUAACACCUUCAUUAAAAUUUAUUAAUCUUAGCUUCAAUAAACUAACGGAAAUACCUGCUAACAUUUUUGGUAAUAUCAAAUCUCCAGGACCCUUCAUUUUGUGGUUUCGUGGUAACAAUAUUGCAAACAUUGACAAAGAUGCAUUUAAUGGCAUGAAGACAAUAUCAGAAUUAUCACUGAAGGAAAAUAAAUUAAAAACCUUGACUGGAGACUUCUUGCACGGUCGGGAAAUGUCGUCCUGGUUAUCAAUUGGAUAUAAUAAAAUCAAAUGUAUAGAUGAGAAACAUUUUGCUACGGUCUUUGUGGCCAACUAUACUGAUAUUUGGGGAAACCCUUGGAAUACGGAGUGUCUUAAAAAAAUUCAAACUUGGGCGAAAGAAAAUCACAAAAGUGUGCAGAAUGAUCCAUAUUAGAAAAUCUAUUGAUAACAUAUUAAGGU